AUGGCACCGACCCCGGACCAAGGAUGGAAAAUCUAUGUAGGGACCUUGACCACAAUUGUGCCCGCCACUCUUGCGGUCGGUGCAAGGUUCCUGGCGAGAUGGAUAGGAGGUAUACGUUACUGGUGGGACGAUUGGAUGGUGCUAAUUGCCUUGAUCGAUUGCUGGGCAAUGACCGGUCUGAGACUGACAGCAGUCAAGUAUUUCGGCCACGGCAAGCAUGCAGCUGAUUUGCCAGAAGAGACUGUCAUCAAGUUUGACAAGAGCUUCAUAGCCGUGCAAAUGUUAUAUUUCGUCGAUGUCGUCGCCACAAAAGCAGCCUUUUUAUUCCUAUACUACCGCAUAUUCGGCGUGAACGUCUGGUUUCGUCGCGCUCUUUAUUUCCUCGCAUUCUUGCUUGUUGCCUUCCUAAUCGCGUGUCCGAUUGUCGCCGUGGCCGGAUGUCAUCCAGUAUCGUAUUACUGGAACAAAAACCAGCUUGGUUCGUGUAUCAACGAGGUGGAAUUCUACCGGGGGAACGGGAUUGCAAAUGUCAUUCUCGAUUUUAUAAUCUUCUGUCUGCCCGUGCCUAUGGUCUUGCGCCUAAAGACCACUGUUCGGCAGAAACUGCUCAUCUCUGGUAUUUUUGUUCUCGGCUUUUUUGUAUGUGUGAUUUCCAUCAUACGCAUCGUUGCUUUUAAUGGGUCCAAUCCAACAGAUAUGACCUGGAGCACUGUCGAAACAGCCAUGUGGUCUUCCAUCGAACAAGCCGUUUCCAUCAUCUGUACCUGCUUGCCGACUCUUCGCCCUUUGUUCAGCCGAUUCCACCGUUCAACUACAAGUAGCUCCGAGCAAUCAAACAAUUACCCUACGGAACCUCGCGGCAAAACAUCGAGCAAUAAUAUUACGCUUUCACAAUUCACAAAUUCCGGAGAGGGCGACAGUACGGCCGAAUUUGCGAGGCUAUCAGAUCAUUACGACAAUGAUGGUGACGAUGUUGAUGAUGAACAGUAA